AUGCACCUUGCAAUAAUAGGCGCAGGCAUAACCGGCACAACCCUCUCCCUAGCCCUCUCCGCCCGCGACAUCCCUCACACCGUGUACGAGCAAUCCCGCCACCCGACCGAGCUGGGCGCCGGGCUCGGGCUGGGGCCCAACGCGGCCCGGGCGCUGCGCAUCGCCCAUCGCGGGGUGUAUGAGCGGUUCUUGGAGGGGAAAGAGGCAGAAAAAGAGGAGGAGGAGGAGAAGGAGGAAGAGAAGGUGUGGAUCGAUUUCCUCGACGGCACCUCCCCCCUUGAAGCGCGCGACCUGUCGCCCGCUUUCAGAAUCCCCUGCCCCUAUCCCGAGGGUCAUGGCGCGGUGCAUCGUGCGCGGUGGUUGGAAGAGUUGAUGGGAAUGGUUGGGGAGGGGACGGUGCAGUUUGGGAAGCGGUUGGAGCGGAUUGAGGAUCCGGGCGUUGGGGAGAAGAAGGUGGUGCUGCAUUUCGAGGACGGCACCACCGCUGAAGCGGACGCGGUAAUUGGUUGUGACGGGGUCAAGUCCAAGGUCAGGGAGGUGCUGGUUGGGGGGAAGGAUAAGGAGGGGGCGAAGUGCGGGUAUAGUGGUAAGUAUGCGUAUCGGUGUAUGAUUCCGAUGGAUCGGGCUAUGGAGGAGCUUGGGCCGGCGAGGGCGGGGUGCUCGAGUUUAUGGAUGGGCCACGGCAGACAUGUGCUCACCUUCCCCGUCGGCCGCGCCGGCCCAGACCAGCUCCUGAACCUGGUAGCCUUUGUGACGGACCCGAACGAGUCCUGGCCGAGCCAGGACGCGAGGAGCUUUACCCUCCCCGCCACGAGAGACGAUGCGCUGCGCGACUUUGAGCAGGGUAGCUUCAGCAACACUGUCCAGAGGUUACUGCGGCUCACGAAGGACAAGAUGGACAAGUGGGGCCUCUUCGACCUCGCCGCCCAACCCCUGCCCAGCUUCUACUCGGGCCGCAUCCUGGUCAUCGGAGACGCCGCCCACGCCAGCACGCCGCACCACGGAUCCGGCGCUGGAUUCUGCAUGGAGGACGUGGCAGUUCUCUUGUCCUUGCUCGAGGAAAUCACUAGUACUAGUACUAGCACUAGCACUAUGGACGAGCACGACCAUGACAGCUCCAGCUCCAGCCCCAGCAACAACAACCAGGCCCACCAUCAAAUCCAGGCCGUGUUCGCCGCGUUUGACGCCAGCCGCCGCGAGCGGGACCAAUGGCUAGUCCAGAGCAGCCGGCGCGCGGCCGACCUGUACGAGUGGCGGCUGCCGAACACGGGCAAGGAGCAUUUCGAAUCCAUGCGGAAAGACAUCGAGGAACGGCAGGCGGUGUGUUGGGGGAUUGAUCUGGACCGGGCGAUCGCGGACGCUAGGGAAGACCUCAGGAGACGGCUGGCUGUGGCCCAGUAG